GCUCCCCGCCUCCGCGGCGGGCGGUGCGGAGCAGCGCGGAGCCCCCCCUUCUCCGGGGCGGUGCGGAGCGGCAGGAAGGCGCCCCCCGCUUCUUCUUCCCCGCGGCCGGAGGAAGCCUCGGUGGCCCGGGGGCGGCCUUUCCCCCGCCUCCCGACGGUCGCCAGCCGCCACGCCUCGGCUGCCCUCGCGUCCCCCUGCGCUGGACGGACGGACGGACGGACGGACGGAGAGAGGAGCGGAGGGAGCUUGGCGGCCCCCCACCCUGCCUGGGCGGCCAUGGGGCCGGGGGCGCUGGCCGCGCUGCUGUGCGCACUGGCUCUCCUGGGCUGCCCGCGCCCACCAUCCGCCGCCGCCGCCCGCCCCGCCCCUCCACUUAACAGCAGCUUACCACGCAUCAGAAGUUUUAUAAGCUUUGGCGGACAUGAGGAUGACCGUAUACCUACUGAAGGUGAUACUGAGGAUGACUUGGAAGCUGGAUCAGGAGCCACCAAUCAGACUGAAUCAGUCCUACAUAAGCAACGAAGAGUGUCAGUGCAAACAGCAAGAUACCUGACUAGUCCGUGGCUGACGCGUUUUGUUCCUUCGGUUUACACCGUAGUGCUUGCGCUGAGUCUCCCUCUGAACGUUACAGCGAUACUCGUGUUCCUGAAAAAAAUGAAAAUUGAAAAGCCAGCUGUAGUAUACAUGCUGAAUUUGGCCUUUGCAGAUGUCCUAUUCGUAAGCGUGCUUCCUUUUAAGAUUGUUUAUCACUUUUCUGGAAACAACUGGGUUUUUGGACCUGAAAUGUGCCGUUUCGUCACUGCUGCCUUCUACUGUAACAUGUACUGUUCAAUAAUGCUUAUGACGAGCAUUAGCUUUGAUCGUUUCUUAGCAGUAGUGUAUCCUAUGCAGUCUCUUGGGUGGCGUACGUUAACACGUGCCUCACUGAUUUGUUUCAUCAUAUGGCUUGUAGCACUAGCUGGGGUUAUACCUUUUCUCAUCAGAGAACAAACAAUGGAAAUACCUAAGUUAAAUAUAACUACUUGCCACGAUGUGCUAAGAGAAUCUGAACUUCACAGCUAUUACCUCCACUUCUUCACCAUCUUCUCUUCCGUGUUUUUUGUAGUGCCAUUUGUAAUUUCUACUGUCUGUUACGUGUGUAUCAUUCGAUGUCUUAGUUCUUCUACCCUUGUUGCAAAACAAAAUAAGAAGACACGUGCCUUGCUGUUGUGUGUGGCUGUGUUUUCUGUUUUUGUGAUUUGCUUUGGACCAACAAAUGUCCUCCUCUUAGUUCAUUAUAUCCAUUUUUCUUACGACAACAGCUUAGAGUAUCUCUACUUUGCGUAUCUACUCUGUGUUUGUAUCAGCAGCAUUAACUGUUGCAUUGAUCCCUUUAUUUACUACUAUGCUUCUUCUCAGUAUCAGAGACAACUUUUCAGUCUCUUCAAUUGUAAAAAGGCUUUUGAUCCUAACAGCAGUAACAGCAGUGGCCAGUCAAUGUCUACCACUAGUAGAAGGGCUACAUGCUCUACUGAUGUGAAUAACAGCGUCUACAGGAAAUUACUAGCAAUGCAUUGAGGUGGUGUGUCUUACACAUGCUUAAUUUUUGGAAAAUUUCAGACAAAAAAAGAAGACUGUAUCGUAUCCGAGAAAUACAAAACCUUAAACAGAGCUGUUCUACAAUACAUAGUUCUAUGGAUUCAUUAUAGUAAUGCACAAUUCAAAUUAUAACUAUGUAUAUGUAUAUAUAUAGCAUAUGUAAAUAAGUAAAUGUAGAGGGGAAAAGUAAUUUCUAAAUAAUGUUGCUGAGUGUUUUUCAAAUAAACUCUUUUUUUUCAGACAAA